GAGCCCUCCGCUACCUGAAAAAAAAAUGCACGUCCAAGUGGUCCCAUCCUAGAGGUCUGCUGAGACAGGAAUAACUAGCAAUGCAGUGCCUGGAGAUGACAACCAAACGGAAGCUUAUCGGCCGCCUGGUGCCGUGCCGAUGUUUCCGAGGCGAAGAAGAGAUCGUGGCGGUGUUGGACUACUCCCACUGCGGCCUUCAGCAGGUGCCGAAGGAGGUCUUUAACUUUGAGCGGACUCUCGAGGAGCUUUAUCUAGAUGCCAAUCAAAUUGAGGAACUGCCCAAGCAAUUGUUCAACUGUCAAGCUCUCCGCAAACUGAGUAUCCCAGAUAAUGACCUUUCGAAUCUGCCAACCACUAUUGCUAGUUUAGUUAAUCUCAAAGAACUUGACAUCAGUAAAAACGGUGUCCAAGAAUUUCCAGAAAAUAUUAAGUGCUGUAAGUGUUUAACAAUCAUCGAAGCCAGCGUCAAUCCCAUUUCUAAGCUCCCUGAUGGCUUCACACAGCUCAUCAACCUGACCCAGCUGUACCUGAAUGAUGCCUUUCUGGAGUUUCUUCCAGCCAACUUCGGAAGACUUGUCAAAUUGCGGAUCUUGGAAUUAAGAGAAAAUCACUUGAAAACUCUACCAAAGUCAAUGCACAAACUGGCCCAGCUGGAAAGACUUGACCUGGGCAAUAACGAGUUCAGCGAGCUGCCUGAGGUUCUGGAACAAAUACAAAACCUAAGAGAACUGUGGAUGGACAAUAAUGCACUUCAAACACUUCCUGGGUCUAUAGGGAAAUUAAAGAUGUUGGUGUACCUGGAUAUGUCAAAAAACAGGAUAGAAACUGUUGACCUGGACAUUUCGGGAUGCGAAGCGCUUGAAGACCUCUUAUUGUCAUCCAAUAUGUUACAGCAAUUGCCCGACUCGAUAGGACUGUUGAAAAAACUAACUACUCUUAAAGUAGAUGACAAUCAACUUACCGUGUUACCCAAUGCAAUUGGAAAUUCAGCGCCUUCACAGGCAGCAGAUACCAAGAAGAUCAGGCUGCCACCAGCAUCAGUGGCUGCCAUCUCCCCUCAGACCCUGAUGGAGAUCUCCCAGAACCCUGGACUCAAGAGCCUUGGGAAUAUCAGUGUCAUAUGGAUUGGGAGCUGUAAAAAUGUUACAGUCAUGUCGCUGCGCUCCAAUAAGCUGGAAUUUCUUCCUGAAGAGAUUGGACAGAUGCAGAAACUGAGGGUCUUAAAUCUGAGUGAUAACAGACUGAAGAAUUUGCCUUUCUCAUUUACCAAACUGAAGGAGCUUGCUGCUUUGUGGCUGUCAGACAAUCAAUCAAAGGCCCUUAUCCCUUUACAAACAGAAGCUCACCCAGAAACAAAACAAAGAGUAUUGACUAACUACAUGUUCCCUCAACAACCUCGUGGUGAUGAAGAUUUCCAGUCAGACAGCGACAGUUUUAAUCCUACUCUGUGGGAGGAGCAACGACAACAACGAAUGACGGUAGCCUUUGAAUUUGAAGAAAAAAAGGAAGACGACGACAAUGCUGGAAAAGUUAAGGAUCAGCCUUGCCAAGCCCCCUGGGAAAGGGGCCAGCGUGGGAUUACCCUCCAACCUGCCAGACUGUCUGGCGAUUGCUGCACACCAUGGGCCAGGUGUGAUCAGCAGAUCCAAGACAUGCCAGUUGCCCAGAUUGACCCACAGCUGGCAUGGGGGUGUAUAAGUGGCCUCCAGCAGGAAAGGAGCAUGUGUACUCCAUUGCCAGUUGCAGCAAAUUCCACCAGUCUUCCCUCUCUAAGUGGCAGACAGGUUGAAAUAAACCUAAAACGAUACCCAACCCCUUACCCAGAAGACUUGAAGAACAUGGUCAAAUCUGUUCAAAAUCUGGUGGGAAAGACGAGCCAUGGAGUACGUGUUGAGAAUUCCAAUCCAGCAGCCAAUACGGAUCAACCUGUGAAAGAGAAGUAUGAACACAAGUGGCCAGUUGCCCCAAAGGAGAUUACAGUUGAGGAUUCUUUUGUCCAUCCAGCCAGUGAGAUGAGGAUUGGGGAACUUCACCCUUCACUGGCCGAGGCUCCGCUAUACCCUCCCAAACUCGUUCUUCUAGCAAAAGACAAAAAGGAAUCAACGGAUGAGUCUGAAGUCGAUAAACCUCAGUGUCUAAAUAACAGCGUUUCCUCGGGUACAUAUUCGGACUACUCGCCUUCUCAGGCUUCCUCAGGAUCGUCGAAUGCCCGUGCUAAAGCGGGGUCCUUGCAGACAACAGCUAAAGAUGCUGGAAAUCAUUCUCUGUGGGGCAACAGGAUUGCACAGUCUUUUCCACAGCCUAUUGACUCAAAGCCAUUACUCAGCCAGCGGGAGCCCGUGCCACCAGGGAACUUGCCCCCACGUCCCGAAAGGCGACCAAUGAGCGAACCCUUCGCGGAUCCCUGGAACGACGGCUCCCAUUACGAUAACACAGGGUUCGUUGCAGAGGAGAACGCUCAAGAGAAUGCCAACAGUAACCCUCUGCUAAGCUCUAAAUCGAGAAGCACAUCUGCUCAUGGACGCCGACCUUUGAUUAGACAAGACAGGAUAGUUGGCAUUCCGCUGGAACUUGAACAGUCCACACAUAGACACACACCUGAAUCAGAAGUGCCUCCUUCCAAUCCUUGGCAGAAUUGGACCCGAACCCCUAGUCCUUUUGAAGACAGGACAGCUUUUCCUUCUAAAUUGGAGUCCACCCCCACCACCAGCCCUUUGCCAGAAAGGAAAGACCAUAUAAAAGAACCAGCAGAAAUAGCUAGUCCUUUCCCUUCGGGAGUACCCUGGGAAUACCAUGAUUCCAAUGCUAACAGGAGUCUCGGUAAUGUCUUUUCUCAUAUUCACUGCCGCCCAGAGCCUUCCAAAGGUGUGAUUUCCAUUAGCAGAAGCACAGAUAGGCUUUCGCCGAUGAUGAAAGACAUAAAGUCCAAUAAAUUUAAAAAGUCACAGAGCAUUGACGAAAUAGACAUCGGCACGUAUAAGGUCUAUAACAUCCCGCUAGAAAACUAUGCAUCUGGGAACGAUCACUUAGGGAGCCACGAGCGGCCGGAUAAGAUCCUGGGGCCGGAGCACGGCAUGUCCAGCAUGUCUCGGAGCCAGUCUGUGCCCAUGUUAGAUGACGAAAUGUUGACUUACGGCAGUAGUAAAGGGCAGCCGCAGCAGAAGCCCUCUCUGACCAAGAAAGUCUAUCAGUUUGACCAAAGCUUCAAUCCGCAGGGAGCCGUGGAGGUGAAAGCGGAUAAGCGGAUGCCGCCCCCUUUCCAGCAGAACCCCGAGUACAUGUCCCAACCCGCUAAAACGAUGGCGAAGGAUCUGGUCAGCCCCAGGGCGUACAGAGGCUACCCCCCCGUGGAGCACAUGUUCUCCUUCUCGCAGCCCUCCGUUAACGAGGAGGCCAUCGUCAAUGCCCAGUUCGCGAGCCAGGGUUCCCGGGCAGGAUUCCUAAGGAGGGCCGAUUCUCUGGCGAGCUCCACGGAGAUGGCCAUGUUUAGAAGGGUCAGUGAGCCUCAUGAAGUGCCCCCGACUGAUAGGUAUGGCAGGCCUCCGUAUAGAGGAGCUCUGGAUCGCCAAAGCAGCGCCUCAGUGUCUGAAUCCCAGUUCCUCAAAAGGAAUGGCAGGUACGAAGACGAACAUCCUUCAUAUCAAGAAGUGAAAGCCCAGGCGGGAAGUUUUCCAGUUAAAAACCUUACCCAAAGGCGGCCAUUGUCUGCGAGGAGCUACAGUACAGAGAGUUAUGGCGCCUCCCAAACCAGACCAGUUUCAGCUAGGCCUACUAUGGCAGCUCUUUUGGAAAAGAUACCAUCUGACUAUAACUUGGGUAACUAUGGUGACAAGCCAUCAGAUAACAGUGAUUUAAAGCCAAGGCCCACUCCUGGGAAGGGAGAGGAGAGCUGUGGUAAAAUGCCUGCAGACUGGAGACAGCAGCUGCUUAGACAUAUAGAAGCUAGAAGGUUAGACAGGAAUGCCGCUUACAAACACGCCACGGUUAACCUUGGCAUGCUGCACUCUGGAGGGCUCUCGGCCGUGCAUGCAGAGAGAAGCAUGACUCUAAACUUGCAGACUAAGUCUCAGUCUGAGAACCAAACGCAGCACCAGCCGUCUCUCCUCCAGCAUACCCCGUCCCAGCAAAGCAACAUUCUAGACAAUGGACAAGAAGAUGUAUCUCCCAGUGGCCAAUGGAACCCCUAUCCACUGGGGAGGCGGGAUGUACCUCCGGACACGAUUACUAAAAAGGCAGGUAGCCAUAUCCAGACACUGAUGGGCUCUCAGAGCCUCCAGCAUCGGAGUCGGGAGCAGCAACAGCCCUACGAAGGCAACGUCAACAAGGUGACCAUCCAGCAGUUCCAGUCGCCGUUGCCCAUUCAGAUCCCCUCCUCACAGGCUUCCCGGGGACCUCAGCCUGGACGGUGCUUAAUUCAAACUAAAGGGCAGAGGAGUAUGGACGGGUACCCAGAGCAGUUUUGUGUGAGAAUAGAAAAGAAUCCUGGCCUUGGAUUUAGUAUCAGUGGUGGAAUUAGUGGACAAGGAAAUCCAUUCAAACCUUCUGACAAGGGUAUCUUUGUUACUAGGGUUCAGCCUGAUGGGCCAGCAUCCAGCCUGCUGCAGCCUGGUGAUAAGAUCCUUCAGGCAAAUGGACACAGUUUUGUGCAUAUGGAACAUGAGAAAGCGGUAUUACUCCUGAAGAGUUUCCAGAACACAGUAGACCUAGUUAUUCAGCGUGAGCUUACUGUCUAA